AACCACAGCCACAAGUCCUUAACAACUCCACCAAAUCGACCCUCAUUCCGCCAUUCACAACCAAAACUCUCUCUCUCUCUCUCAUCUUCUUCGUCCUCUUCUUCUAUCUUUCUUCUACAUGGUUAUGGAUACACUGAAAUCUGAUCAGCUAACGCAGCUAAAAGACAUAUUCAAGCGCUUUGACAUGGACUCGGAUGGCAGCCUAACCCAACUAGAGCUUGCAGCUCUCUUAAGGUCUCUUGGGCUCAAGCCUACAGGCGACCAACUGCAAGUAUUGUUGAGCAACAUGGACGCCAAUGGCAAUGGGUCCAUCGAGUUUGAUGAAUUGGUGGAGGCUAUUUUGCCAGACUUGAAUGAGCAGAUUCUAGUCAACCAGGAGCAGCUCACAGAGGUUUUCAGAUCAUUUGAUCGAGAUGGCAACGGCUACAUAACUGCAUCUGAGCUUGCAGGGUCCAUGGCCAAGAUGGGGAGUCCCUUAUCAUAUCGAGAACUCUCUGAUAUGAUGAGAGAAGCGGACAUUAAUGGAGAUGGCGUCAUUAGCUUUAACGAGUUUGCAACCAUCAUGGCCAAGUCUGCUGCAGAUUUCCUUGGCCUUGCAGUGUUCUAGUUGAAGGGUUGUAGGUUAUGGAUGAAUUUGGCUUGAUCUUGCCUUUGAUUUUUUUUCCCCUUUUUUUCUUGAUUUUUAUGUGUAUCUUGGAGGGUAAAUGUCUUGGGGAGGAGGGCUUCAAUUUCCAUGAUUGAAGGUUUUUUUUUCUUGAUUUUUGGGUGUAUCUUGGAGGGUAAAUGUCUGGCGGAGGAGGCCUUCAAUGUCCAUGAUUGAAGGAGGAGGAAGAGGAGGAGGAGAGGGUGGAGGAGAAGACCUAUUCAAUGAAUGUUAAAUGAAAAAUGUGACAUUUCAACUUCUCUUACUCAGAAAUUAAUUUAUGAACUCAUCUUCUAGUAUUUAUGAACUUAUU